AAGACUCCUGCUAGUACAGGAAUGUAGCUAACCACUUUCUCCACUUCGCCAUGAAAAGACGAUGAUUUGAGAGGAAAAGCAGCAGCUAGGGGAGCCAUGACACGUUAUAACGCGGUGAACGUUUGUAAACUGGUCGCUGCGCUUCUUCUCUGGCUCGGUGGAGACACACACACAAACCGAGCUCAGGUUGCAGCAGCAGCAGAUCAGCAGCAAACAGGACGCAGCUCUGUUGGACUGGAGGAGGUUGUGUUGGUGAUCCAGAGUCAGAGGAACUCCUUCCACGCCCGCCGCGGAGCUCAGAGGAAGGAGGAGAUCCUGCAGCAGGCAGCUGACCUGAGAGAGGGCGUUCCCGUGGUUCUUCUGCUCCACCAGCUCUCAGAGUACGACGGAGACUGGAGCAUCCUGCCCGUGAUUCCUCUUCUUGCAGCUGCUUACAGCCAGUCAGCGUCCUGGUUUGUGUUCCUGGAGGAGGAAACCAGCGUGGUUCUGCCCGUUCUGCUGCAGGUUCUCCUCAGGUACCAGGUCCAACAGGUCCAACAGGAAUGGUUUCUGGGUAAAGCUCUCCAUGACCGCGAGGCCUCCAUCAUCCACCACUACGCCUUCUCUGAGGACCCCGGGUCCUUCAGCUACCCCGACCCGGCGGCAGGCUGGGCGCUCAGCUCGCCGCUGCUGCAGAGACUUGCAGAGCGGAUCCAACACGAGCAGCUGAAGUCAGAUUUCACCAUCGACCUGAAGCACGAGCUUGCGUUGUAUAUUUGGGAGGAAGGAAACGGUCCAAAGCUGACGGCAGUGACAGAGUUCUGCACCGAGAGGAAAAACAACUGUGCUACCACGUUUACAUCCUACCUGCCCUACUGUGGAGACCCUGUGCCCAAGAAAGACGUAUUUGUUGCCGUGAAAACUUGCCAGAAGUUCCACUCGGAGCGCGUCCCGGUGGUGAAGGCGACCUGGGAGAAGGACGCGGCGUUCUUAGAGUAUUACAGCGACGUGGAGGACGCCUCCGUCCCCUCCGUCAGCCUCGGGGUCGCCAACACCCUCAGAGGGCAUUGUGGGAAGACGUUUGCCAUCCUGCGGCGUUUCCUGAGCCGAGCGGCGCCGACGGCUGACUGGAUCCUGAUCGUUGAUGAUGACACUCUGAUCAGUCUGUCCAGGCUGCGGCGCCUGCUGCGCUGCUACGACCCGGAGGAGGCGGUGGUGCUGGGGGAGCGCUACGGCUACAGCCUGCUGCACCGCGGCUACAGCUACACCACCGGAGGAGCCGGGAUGGUGCUGAGUCACGUGGCCGUGUCCCGGCUGCUCGCCAGCAGCUGCCGCUGCUACACUGAUGACGCUCCUGAUGACAUGGUGCUGGGACGCUGCUUCACCUCGCUGGGGGUCCCCAUAACUCACAGUCCCCUGUUCCACCAGGCGCGGCCGUGUGACUACUCUGAGACGCUGCAGCAGGCCGUCUCCUUCCACAAGCACUGGAACGUAGAUCCUCUGGUGGUCUACAGAGACUGGCUGCAGGACUCACACCCUCCAGACGAACUGUAGGGACUCAGUGUGUACGGAAACAAACACUGAAGCUAAAGAAGAAGAACCGAAGAGAAGAGGAACACAUGAGCUGAAACGUCAUAAAGCCUUAACACACACAUUCAUCAAUACUUCUGAGAUCCAUAUUGACUCAAAGGCUGCCGUGUAAGAAGCAGUACUCGUCACAUUGUAGUUCAAAUUAAAAAGAAUAAAUAAAUAUGGAACCAGGAAGUAAUAUUCUGAGGAAAAACAAGAAUUUCCCCAGAUUAAAGUCACAACGAAAACUGUUGUAAUAAACUUUUUUUACAGCAUUUUUUAACAAGAAAUAUUCUCUGAGAUUAUAUUUUUUUUUUUUUUUUCGAGAAAAAAACAAAUUAUCUGAGAUUAAAGCAGCAAAUUUACAAGACUCUGAGUCUUGUAGAUCUUGGAGAUUAUAAAGUCAUGAAUUUGCCAGAAAAAAUCUGCGAUCUCUGAGAUUAUGGGCGUAUAUUUUUGGGAAGAAUAGGAUAUUCUGAAAUUAAGAAAAUAACCCUCAAAUAUUCUAAGAAUAUGAAAUCAUAAAUUUACCAGAAAAAAACCUCUGAGAUUAUGGUCAUACAUUUAAGAGAAGAAAAUGUGGAUAUUCUGAGAUUAAAUUGGCAGAUUCAGGAGCAAAAGACUCAAAUAUUCUCAUAAAUAAAUUUGCAAAAAAAAAAAACCCUCAGAAAUGUGAAAAGAAAUCAAACUAUUUUUAGAAUGUAAUGUCACAAAAUUGCAUUAAAAUAACUCAGAAGUUCUGAGUUCGAAGUGGUACAUUUUUUGAGAAAAGAGACGCAACUUUAUGAGAAAAAAACUCAUAAAAACUUUUUUUCUCUUCAUCAUAUUAAACCUUACAAUCUGAUUUACCAAUGAGCAAAUACGUGUGUUUUUAGCUCAGAUUCUGCAUGUUAUCAUGAGCAUCAUCUCCUGUUAUCAGGUGUUGAUGUUGCAUUCUAACAGGAGGUUCAUUAGAGACUCUGACAUCAUGGAGACUCUCCCUGUCAUCAUUAACAGUCUGGGCAUCAGAAAACCUUUGACUCUCUGAGCUUCAUUUAGUUUUAUUUAGCAGUCGUUGGAGGGACUGCUGCUGGUUUAUCAUUAAAGGGUCACUGCCGUCACUUUCACCCCAAGACAACAUGUUAACCAUCAACCAAGACAUUUUAUUUAUUCAUAAAGAUCAUAUUCAUUUAUUUGUUCUAAUGUUUACGGUCUGAUCUGAUAGGAUCUGUCCUGAGGGCUGUUCCAUCAACGCUGGUUGAAUUAAGAGCAACUUUAACCAGCCGUUAACUAGUCAACUAGUCAACUAACUGAACCAGGCUAGACUAGCAGCACCGGCUCCAGCUCAGAGUAGAGAACAGCCCUAUUAAUGGAUGGUGGAGCAGCCAAUAAGAUGUCUCAAACUAAAAGCAGCGCUGAAGGAGCUUCAUGAAGAAUAUCUACUGAACCAGCUGGAAAAACAGCUGAUUCUUCCUCGCUUUAUGAAGAAUAUAAAGUGAUUCUACCAGACUAACUGAAUAAAUAAAUAAAGUCAUUUUGGUUUGAUUGAACGCAUCUCUCACUUAAAUGAGCGAGACUUAUCAAAAAAAGCCAGGCUUUUCCUUAAGCCACGUUGAUGGAGCGCCCUCUGGUGGAGAAACACAGUUUGUUCUGUUUAUAU